UGUGGACGUGGGUGUGAGCGAGCACGGUGACGCGUUCACUGCCAGCCAUCAAAACCCGAGCAGGUAGGAACAGGCUGAGCUCAGUCGACCAAAAUCACACUGAGGAGCAUGGACGCUGACAAGAACGUCUCUGUUGUAAGAGAGGGCUUCCUGGUGAAAAGGGGUCACGUCGUCCACAACUGGAAGGCCCGCUGGUUUGUGUUGACUCCAGACAAGCUGCUGUAUUACAAGUAUGAAGGAGGCAAAAGGGACUCGUGUCAAAGAGGGAAGAUCCUGCUGAAGGACUGUGAGAUAACGUGUCCUUUCCUGGAGUACGAAAAUCGACCGCUGGUGUUCAAGCUCCAGACGAAGCACGGCGUGGAGCAUUUUCUGGAGGCCUGCUCCAGAGAAGAGAGGGACGACUGGGCGGGCGACAUCACCGCCGCCAUCCACAAGCUGGAGGCCAACCAUGACGAGACGGCCACGGAGCAGCAGGAGCCCGCGGGAACCCAGUUUCACAACCUGAGCAAGGUGCUGGACUCCAUGUAUGACGUCCACAGUGGCAUCAAGAUGAGCAACCAUGUGGAGCAGGGCAGCACCUACAGCAACUGUUUCUCAGGUUCAGCGGUGGUGGACUGGCUGGUGUUCAUGCAGCUGGCGCUGACCCGCGUGGAGGCCGUGACGCUGGCCUCGGCCCUGCUGGAGGAGGGCCUCCUGCGGACCGUGGGCCAGAAGAGCGUGGAGGCCCUGCGCACGGCCGGCCUCAGCGAGCAAUUCAUGGACGACUCCACCGCGCUCUACAGCUUUCCUCAGAGUUUGAAGAAGAGAGGCAGCGUGAAGGCGGAGACCUCGCUGUCUGCGAUGGAGCUGAGUGGGCGAGUGGUGAAGAGAGGAUAUCUGCUUAAACAGGGACACAGACGGAAGAACUGGAAGGUGCGACUGUUUGUGCUGCGUUCAGAGCCUUCCUUCCUUCACUAUUACGACCCCACCAAGGAUGACAUCAGCCCCGCUGGCGGCUUCGCUCUAAGAGGAUGUCUGGUGUCUUCUCUGGAGGACAACGGAGUUCCCUCAGGUGUGAAGGGCAACAUUCAAGGCAACUUGUUUAAAAUCAUCACUCAGUCUGACACUCACUACUUCAUCCAGGCUCCCACUCACCAGGAGAAGAUGGACUGGAUAGAUGCGAUCAGAGAGGGGACAACCAGUUCCAGUUAAAACCUCGUUACCGCAUUUGUUUGUUUACGUUGUUACAAAUCUACACAUUCUGUGAAUGUGCCGUAGCAGCAGCGUCGUGCCGGCUCUGUUCAUUUGUCUCCACGUUUGGUUUGAUUUUAGAGUUUGUAAAGCAAGGUUCGUAAAGGGCAGCAGUUGUAGCAGUUUGUCUUGUAGUCAUUCUGUUUAAGUUAAAGGUUUUUCAUCAUAAAAAACAAUCAUUAACCAUAAUCCUAUGGACCAUCAUUUCAAAGCUGAGUCUUAUAAAACUCAAGGAACCAGAGGUGAAAAAUUACUGAAGUGCUGAAUGUAUUAGUAAUUUCCAUUUUCUUCUGCUUCCUUCUAGUUUUGUAAAAUUCAGGAAGAUAAUUUGUAUAUUUUUUUUACCACUGCAGAUGAAGAUAUUUAUCUAAGAAAUUAUUAAAUGAUGACAAAAAUA